UUAUUGGGGUUGACUUUCACAUUACAAGUAUUGAACCAUCGUUCUGAUAGUUAUUCACUUCAUCUCUUCUGAGUUUCUUUGCAAUCGUUUGUUUAGAUUUUCUUCAUCAAAGACUUGAAUUUAUAGGAUCCUUCAAGUGCAUCAUCAAUGGCGUCUUCUUCUACUUCAUCCAUUUACAAGAGUUUUAAGUAUGAUGUGUUUUUGAGUUUUAGAGGUGAAGACACCCGUACAAAUUUCGUUGAUCAUCUUUAUUAUGCUCUUCAGCAGAAAAACAUUCAUACAUACAAAGAUGAUGAGAGAAUCAAGAAGGGUAAAAGGAUCUGUGAUGAGCUCAUCAGAUCCAUUGAAGACUCAAAACUAUACAUCAUUGUUUUCUCAAAGAACUAUGCCUCUUCUUCUUGGUGCUUGGAUGAGCUUGUGAAGAUCAUGGAGUGUCACAAGACCAACGAGCAUACUGCUUACCCUGUUUUCUAUGAUUUGGAACCCUCCGAAGUCCGCAAACAAAGCGGGGCAGUUGAAAAAGCCUUUGCUAAGCAUGAAAACGAAGAGGCUGCUGGGAAAUGGAGGGAGGCUCUGAAAGACGCAGCAGAUUUGGCUGGGUGGGAGUUGAAGAAGACAGUUGAUGGGCACGAAGCUAAAUUCAUCCAAAAAAUUGUUGAAGUGCUUUCACUAGAGUUACGAGCCAUCAAUUUCAACAUUGAUGAAAAGUUAGUAGGCAUGGAGACCCGGAUGAAUGAUGUUUUGUCAUCUUUGGGAACUUGUUCUAAUGAUGUACGCAUGAUCGGAAUCAAGGGAAUUGGAGGUGGUGGGAAGACAACUUUAGCCAGGGCUGUUUUUGAUCAAAUAUCCUUUCAAUUCGAAGGUAAAAGCUUCGUUGAAAAUGUUAGAGAAGUUUCCAAAGCUUCUUUGUCCGGUUUAAAGUCGUUGCAAAACCAAAUCCUUUCCGAUGUCUUAAAUGAUCAGGGCAUCUCUGUUAGUAGUGUUUAUGACGGAAAAAACAUGAUGAAGAGGAGGAUGCCUGGUAAAAAGGUUCUUCUUGUUCUAGAUGAUGUGGAUCAUAUAGAGCAGCUUGAGGCAUUAGCCGGUGAAACAAAUUGGUUUAAGCCAGGAAGCAGAAUUAUCAUUACAACAAGAGAUGAGCAAGUACUUGUUGCACAUGGAGUGAAGUCGAUUCAUAACGUCCGGUUGUUAUUGGAUGAGGAAGCAAUUUGCCUCUUCAGUAGGUAUGCAUUUGGGAGAGUGAUACAAAAUCUAGGGUACGAAGAGUUGAGUCAGCAAGUUGUGCAUUAUGCUGCUGGUCUUCCCUUGACGCUUAAAGUUUUGGGUUCGUUUCUUCGUGGUAAAAAUGAGCUUGAAUGGACAGAUGCCCUAGAACGACUAAAAAUAAUUCCAUUGAUGGAAACUCUGAAAAAAUUGGAAAUAAGCUAUGACGAUCUAGAAGAGGAUUACAAGGAAAUAUUCCUAAAUGUUGCAAGCAUACUAAAAGGAUGGUCGAAAGCAAGCACAAUCAAAGCACUUGAAAGCUGUGGAUUUCAUGCUAGAAAUGGUUUAAGAGUUCUUGAGCAAAAAUCUCUCAUAACUGUUGAUAAUGUUCGGGGUGAAGAGUAUCUAAGCAUGCAUGACCAUAUUGAAGAAAUGGGCAGGAACAUUAUUCGUCGUUCACACCCGGAUAACCCUAACAAACAUAGUCGAUUGUGGAUUAACAAAGAAAUUGUAGAUAUAUUGGCUAAUGACUUGGGUACUGAAGCGACAAGAUAUAUACAGUUGUACACGACGGAAAUCAGUCCACAAAUUGUGAUGAAAGGUCUUAGGAAGAUGAAGGAACUUAGAUUUCUUCACGUGUCUGUGGGCUCUAUUGAUGCAAGUAAAAUUGACUGUUUUUGUUCGAAUUUGAAAUUUUUGAGGUAUUUGUGUUGGAACCAUUACCCUUUUAGGUCUUUACCUAAAACAUUUCAAGCAGAUAAUCUUGUUGCACUUUACAUGACUGAGAGCAGAAUUGUACAACUUUGGGAAGGGGGAGAAAGAAAGCUUCUUAACAAACUGAGAUUCCUUGACCUCAGUUAUUCAAUGUUGAGGACCCUUGAUCUUGGGCUUACUCCAAAUAUCGAGAUGUUGAAUCUUAAAGCAUGUCAUAAUUUGGUAGAAGUGCACAUGAUUGGUGGAUGUUUAAAGCUCAUAACUGUCGACCUCGGUUUUUCAAUGUUGAGAACCCUUGACCUUGGGUCGGCUCCCAAUAUUGAGCGGUUAGAUCUUGAACAUUGUUCGGAAUUGAUAGAACUUCGCUUGUCCAAUAUAUGUUUAAAUCUUAGAUCCCUCAAACUCAAUAAUUUAAAAUUGAGGAACCUUGACAUUGGGUUGACUCCGUGUCUCGAGUAUUUAGAUCUUAAAGAGUGUUACAAUCUGGUAGAACUUCACAUGGCCGAUGAAUGUCUAAAAAAGCUUGUCUACUUAGACUUAAGUGGUUGCUUGAGGUUUAAAUCUUUUAAGUUUGAAAUAAAUAUGGAUGCUUCUUGUAGUGAGGUUGAAUCACUUGAGGUUGGUCCUUUAGCUGAGUUACAUCUGAGUGUGGGGCCCAUACUUGUAUUAUGCCCCGUUCACCCCGACAGUAAUUUGCCAAAGUUUCAGUUUAAAUGUUUUUAUAGAGAAGAUCAGCCCUUACUGACUAGAAACCUUGAGAAGCUUAUUUCUGUAGGUAUGUGUGUUUGCACAAACCUUUAUACGUUUUCAAGAAGCAUUUGUGGGUUACAACGCUUAAAAAAACUUAAACUCCACGGUGGUAUUCCCGAGGCCCCUAGGGACCUUGGUCAGCUAGAAUAUCUAGAGCAAUUAGAUUUGUCACAUACACAUAUUAAACAUCUUCCUGAUAGUAUUUGUAUGUUGAAAAAUCUGAAAUCUCUCAAACUUAAAUCGUGUGUGCUUCUUGAGAAGUUACCCGAGGAUCUUGGUCGGUUAGAAUGUUUAAAGAAGCUAACUGUUACAUCUGCAAUGAUUAAAGAUGUUCCUGAGAGCAUUUGUAUGUUGAAACAACUGGAAUCUCUCAAACUUAGUUAUUGUUCGUUUCUCGAAAAACUACCAGAGGAUCUUGGCCAAUUAGAAUGUUUAAAGAAGCUAGAUUUGUCAUCUACAAACAUUAAAGGUAUUCCUGAUAGCAUUUGUAUGUUGAAGGAUCUUGAAUCUCUUGAUCUUUCUUGUGUGUUGCUUGAGAAGUUACCUGAGGAUCUUGGCCAAUUAGAAUAUCUAGAUUAUCUUGACCUCAGCUAUUGUAAGUUUUUACAAGAUAUUCCUGACAGCAUCUGUCAGAUGAAAUGUCUAACGUAUCUCUGGCUCUGUUAUUCUCCUCAACUUAAGAAAUUGCCUGAGGAACUUGGAACUUUAGAAUGGUUAAAAUAUUUAGAUUUAAGAGGCACGUGCAUAAGUCAUCUUCCGCAGAGCAUCUUAUUGUGGAAAGGUCUUUGUAUUACUACGGGAAAAGUGCGACUCGAUUUAUCCGGUCCAUACUGCUAUGUACGGGUCUCAAAAGAUGAUUUUGAGAGGCUCAGAAGGCCCGGAAAAAAAGCCAAAAUUAAUUAAUUUUUCAGAUGUUGAGUUAGAACUCAGAAUUGGCGAUGGUUUGGCAUAUCAUAAAGGGAAGAGCAAUCAACACACAAGGUGAUUUGGCAAACAACUUUUGCAAAACUAUUUGUUUGGCUUACAUCAUUCAAUCAGAACUCUCCUUUAUCUACACCAAUGCCUCAAAAAUCUGAUACAAAUAAAUAUCAUGUUGAGGAAGAUCAUCCAAAUACAAAGCAAUGUUCAGUGAUAUAAUUAGGUAGCGUUUUAAAAAUACAAAUGUCUUUUAUUAAUAAAAUUUGUAAGUACAAAGCUAGAAAUGGGUAGAUUUAAAAUUACAAUGCCUUAAUAAGAAAAAUAGAUUUAAGGUACAAUCUUUUUCUUAUAGAAAGAAUCAUCUGUCAGAUAAAUAUCAGUUUAAAAGGUUUACACUUUGAAUAUAUGAAAUUAUCAAUGCAUUUCUUUGCCUUCUAUGGAUGUGCUGAUUAUUGAUUCAAUUUUGAGUACUUGGAGUAAUUGAAUAGGGUGGAACUAAUGUGAAUGAAUCAAAAGUUGUAAUUUUUUGUCCUACCCAAAAUGGUGAUACUUAUGUACUUUCAUCUAUUUGCAUAUUAUAGCAUUAGAGCUUCAAUUCUCUCUAUUACAGCAUAGUACUUUCAGAUUUACUUACUAAGGCAUUACAUUUUGGAAACUUUUACCCAAUUAUAACAUUGUAUUUUCAUUUUUUUCAUACUAGCAAUGGAAAUUGCUUUGCAAUCAGAUAACAUUGCUAUAAUUGUUUUUUUAAAAGUAGAAUGCUGUAAUAGGAAUCAAUAAUUCGGUAUAUUUUUCGUAGUAUAAUGCUGUAAUACAAAAAGUCAAUACAAGUAGGAUGCUAUAAUAAACGAAAUCAAUGUAAGUACAUUGCUAUUUCUUGCAUUUAGCUCAAAUUUCAUUAAACUUAAAAAGAGGUCAUACCAAAUCACGAAUAAGGCUAUUUACCAUCUUUUUUUCUUGAGAAUUUAUAAAACGAUGUAUGCAAUUAAAAAUAUUUACCAACGAAUGAGACUUCAAAGAGAACAUCUGAUACAUUAAAGAGAGUUAGGACACUCUUGGGUUAGUCUUUCAUAAUGUUGUCAUCAAAUAAUGUACCAAUGUAGAAAGAUAAUAAAUUAAGGAUGCUGAUAAUACUUCUCCUCAUGGUGCUGUGCAGAAAAAUAUAUGAUGUUAAACACAAAAUAUCAACAGUGAAUUAUAUAUUUUCAAAAGGAAUAACAGGUUUAAACCAAGUUAAUAGUUAACCUACAAGCUACAAUAGAACAACAUAAUGUAUCACAAGACAACAUCAAGUCAAGAGUAGAGAGAGAUAAAAUCAUCUAUUAACAUCAAGUUUAUAACCAUAUUUUGUCUAGAGUAUUCAAAUGUACAAUACCAAAUCACAGAAAGCAAAAUUACAAAAAACAGAAUUCACAAGACAAUGUCACUAGAGCAUUUAUGCAAACACCUUGUGUGCAUAUCAAUGUUCAACCAGUAUUUAACUAUGUAAUUUUGUAUGAAAGUGAAAAAGAAAGAAAUACAGAGUAGAAUAUACAAAAUCAUAGAUAGAUUGUAUAAUGACUGAUGGGUACCUUAGUAUUUCUGAUUUGUCUCUAUCAUCUAUGAAGGUGCUAGCAUCAUCAGUUUGGGAUCAUCCUAGUGAGUGGUUAUCAGGUUAUGUGUUAAGAUUAGCGACUACAAUGGAGCAAUUAGUAUAUAGUAGACUCGGAGUAAGUGAAGAUUGAAGAUUGAUGAACAAUAAGUCCGAGACCAAUAUCACUAAAAGAAAAAGUGAAAGAUUACAUUUGGCAAUUAAUUAGUUUGUGUCUUGGGAUUACAGAAACAUGUGUGUUCACCAUUGCGAUUGCAACAGUGUAUGAGGAAUCUUGACUUUAUCUUCUCGUCUUCAUAAUGGACGCCUUAAUCGGUGAAUGGCUCGUCUUCUAUUGCUACUUCCGUUGGUCCACAGAUACAAAGCAUAUGAUUUAAAACUUUUUAAAAAGAGUAAAUUACAAAAAUGUUCCUGUGAUUGCAAUUUUAUUCUAACUUUUGAUAUUCUUUGAUAGUAUUUGUGGAAUAUUUUCUUGAAA